AUGGUUCCUGAACCCGUGGGCGCUUUGGCGACAAUGAUCGCAUCACCCGAAGCGUCACCAUCGACGUCCAGGGACGAGUGUUGGUAUAUGGAGAAAGCGGGAAGGCUAUUCGGCUACGAUGAGAUCAUCGCGCCAUGGGCUACGAAGCGCUAUAGUCUAUCGAUAGAGGGACUACACGAAGAGAUAAAGGAUAUCUUCCAAUGGUUACGACCAUGCGGAUUAGAAGAGGCAGUACGGUUAGAGGUAUUUCGAAAGGUGAAAUCCGCGAUAAAAGAGCGGUGGAAAGGAAAUAAUGUGCGAGUUUCGGUAUUUGGCAGUUUGCGGACUCGGUUGUUCCUACCAACAUCGGAUAUCGACGUACUAGUCGAGUGUGAAGAAUGGAAGGAUACGAGCACCAUGGCAACCUGCAUGCAGGAAACCGCAAACUACCUGGAAGAAGUCGGAUUGGCGAAAUCCGUAGCCGUCUUCUCCGAUGCUUUCGUUCCGAUCGUGAAAAUGGUUGAGAAGGACACCUUAGUGAAUGUUGACAUUUCGUUUAACACAGCGCAAGGUGUGAAAGCCGCUGACUAUAUUGAAAAGGUGAAAGAAGAGUUCCCAGUGGUGGAACCAUUAAUAUUGGUGCUGAAACAGUUCUUAAUAUUACGACGGUUGAAUACUACCUAUACGGGCGGAUUGUCAUCAUAUGGACUGAUCCUUAUGCUGAUUAAUUUCUUACAUCACUAUGGGAUGCCAAUUCGACGAAAACAUUUGUACAGCCCUGAGGUCAACCUUGGCGAGUUACUCAUGCGGUUUUUCGAGGUUUACGCCCAGGAAGUCAACUACGAUGCGGUUGGUAUAUCGGUGAUUGACAUGAGGUAUGUACCGAAGGAAGCGCGUCGUGACAGUGACAAGAAAGCUGCGCUGUUAUCGAUCGAGGAUCCAUUGUUAAUAACGAAUGAGGUGGGCCGAUCGUCUUUCAACUACGCUCUUGUACGAUCAGCGUUUGAACAAGCAUUACAAAUCCUCAAAGGUGUGUUCAUUCGUGAUCGACGAUGUGGUGCCGAAUGGCGACGAUUCUACAAAGGAAGUAUGAUGUCGCUAAUAAUGCCAUUCACACAGGAACAACUACAGUAUAGGAAUUGGCUGAAAAGUUUCGUGCUGGAAUACAAAGAACCAGAGCAACCACCGUCAACGAUCGUAUGUAACACGUUCCUUGCGCCGUCGGUCGAUUUGGCGAAAUGUGCGCUACAGCAGUACAUCAUGUCAUUACCUCGAAGUUCACGCCCACUCGAAAUCGUUGACCCACGUGACGUGGAGCGAAUGUCGACGACAGCGUCCGAAACGUCGCAAUCGCAGGACAACGUCAGCGAGACGACGUGCACAUCAAGCUGUGCGUCCGAUGAUGCCGGUCCAGUUGUCGAGGCACCAAUUCGUGGAUUGACAAUGUCCGAGAAAAGCGAAACGGAAUCGUCUGAGUCUGAAACUCGGUCCACUGGCGACGUUAAACGCGAUGAAUCCACGGAAACAACCGAAAAGCCGACCACGUUAGCUGCUAUUGUCGCCGGGAAGGUGAAUCGUAUGAAAUCACAAGAACUCAUAGACGAAAUGGACAAGAAGAAUGGAAAUAUCAAAGGUCGUACGCCUUCCCCCAGCGAAAACAAAACACCGCCUCUAGCGACGUCUGCGAAUCGCCAUAAUGGGACUUUGGGCUCCGGUGGAGGGGUGCCCCCUUCCUCGCAAUGUCGCGUAUUCCAUAACCAGCAGUACUAUCAGAAAGGCGAGCAGCGCGCGGGGUCAGCAUCGUCUCGCGACAGUCGCGGCGCGGCGACCGCUACGCGUCCGCUGGUUACCGGCGGCAAUGGAGCGCCGCGUAGCAGUCGAAAACCGGCCCAGCAGUACCAACAGCAGGCGGCUCCUCCCGCCGCCGCAGCCGCUCACUCGCCGCAGUCGAGGACGACAUCGAGGAAUGGUGGAUCGACGAAGAAGACCUACCAAGGAGUGUACUACAAACGGAGUACAGCACCAAUCACGGUGCGUCGUGACACAACGCCACGAUUACCGUCAGAUGACGGUGGUGAGUCGAGCGAACGGGAUUCGGUGAAGAACGACGGCUAUCAGACGAUGUCAUCGGUAGAACCACACGAUCUUAGCCUGCCCAGUGAAUCGUCAUCCUCAUCGUCAACGUGUAUACCCGCACAUGCAGGCCAUUCGUCGCAAACAGAAAUUAAGGUUGAGAAAGUAAAUCAUAGCUGGACUGUGAAGAAUUUCUCCCAUUGCUAUCAAGAGUAUCUGGAGAACUUCGUCUAUCUGUCGAGAGGAGAUGAGACGUUAACAUGGUCGAUAAAAAUUUAUCCAAAGGGAAACGGCGAGAACAACAAAGACUUUGUGUUUUUGUGUUUGAACCGAGUGGUGAACAGCAAUGCAAAAUCCACGAAAAUUGGCUUUAAGUCUAGGUUUAUGCUAAGGACAGCGGAGCUGAAAGAAAUCGACAUGAGGAUUCAUCCAAAUCCAUCGCACUCCGACUACGUCUCGUACAUAAAACGAGACAUUUUGUUCCCACAAAUACUUCCAAGAGAUUUGAUAAUAGUAAACGUUGAAAUUGACGUAGCCGUCGAAACUAUAACUACGACAACUGAGCCUAUAAUGACCUCGAACUGCGAACAACAACUAGUGGAAGACUAUCAACGACUAUUCCGCGAUGACUUAUUGACAGACUUCACCAUUCGUGUUGGUGGACGGGAAAUACGGGCGCAUAGGGCGAUUUUGGCUGCGAGAUCACCGGUGUUCCAAGCGAUGUUGAUGCAUGAGCUGACGAAUGAGACGAAGAGCGGCGUGUUGGAAAUAUGUGAUUUGGACUAUGAAGUGGUGUACGAAUUGAUUUACUACAUCUAUUGUGGUAGAUGUCAAAAAGAAAUCGGCGACAUUGCAACGGACUUGCUAAUAGCGGCCGAUAAGUAUCGACUGGUGGAGUUGAAGAAUCAUUGCGAGAAAUUCCUUGUGGAAAAUCUAGCGAAUGAAAAUGUAUGCCAGCUGUUGAUAUUAGGCGAUCUGUACAAUGCCGAACGAUUGCAAGAACGUGCUGUGCAGUUCAUACUUCAACGCCCGAAAUACAUCACAUCAACUCCUGGUUGGGAUGAUAUAUUAAAGCAACAUCCACAUCUAGUCACACGAAUUGUCAAUCAUUUCGAUAAGGCUCCUACGUCCGGCAGCGCUACAACGGAUCCGCUAGCCAUUCCCCCACCAUCAUUGUGA